AUAUAUAACAUAUGCAGAUGUUUGUUAUACAUCUUAGUCAGUCGUAGUAGAGCGUAAUAGAUGGUGUUGGUUGUCCCACGCAGGUGACUAGAUAAUAAUAAUUAAUUAUCUGAAAUAAUUCUUAUCGUCUUGAUGCCUUUUUCAACUCUGCAACACAGUUUCGUUGUAAUUGCUUGCAUACUACACAAAAAAAUGAUGUUAAAAUGUUGAGAAAGUGAUUCUGUUUUAUACUUACUUACGCCUGCUACCGCUUUGUGAAGGAGCAUAGGAUUCUUCAUCAAACUUUAUCCUAGGUUAAUCUUUUCCAGUUAUUUUAUGUUUAAAAAGUUUCCAUUCUGUUUUGAUAUAAUUUUAUAAAAACCUUAUUGUCAUGCAUGGAGAACAACAACAGUAUCGUACAAAUAAUAAUUCUUGUGAAAGUCAAUUAUUCACUUCACCAUAUUUCACUUGUUUCUGUUAUAAUGGGAUUAAUGUUACAACUUCUCAGUUAUAUCAACAAAAUUCAAUUAGUUCUUCUACUACAGCUUGUACAUCAAAUCAUUUUGGUUGUUCAACAACAUCACCAAUAUCUUCUAGUAAAUAUGAUGUAGAGUUUUUGGAUUUAACGGAUUUAAUUGAUUCAACAUCAAAUGUAUCAUACACAGAUUGUUCAUUUUCUGUUGAUUAUCCUACUGAAAAAUUAUUUUCAUGCUCUGAUAUUAUUGAUGAUGAUCAUGGAUUUUCUCGUAAUGAUACCAUUUCAAUGUUAUGGCCAUCACAUACAAUUUCAGCAUUUGUGAGUAGCUGUAGUAGUAACCUAUUAAUUAUUUCAUAUUUGGGUUUUGAGAAUGUUACUUUUCAUGUGAUCUACUCGUAUGAAUGAUUUCAGUGUCAUUGUAAUUUAUCAUCAAUCUUUACGAUUCUAUGCUUGGUGGUAUCAAAGAUCCAAACAGUUCAACUGUCAGUGAAAAUGAUAUUUGUUCUCGGUUAUCAUCGACUCAUACAACUCCAUCAUCAAAUUUAUUAACUGGUGGAAAUUACAAUUGUCCACCGAUAACUACACCUUUGUCAUCAUCAUCAUCAAUGUCAUUAUCUUCACGGAAUAGAUCAAACAUAGAAUCGAUCGUUCGAACUGAUCAUAUUCAUGACAAUCGUGAUCCUUGUAUUUACACAAAUUUAAAUGUUGUUCCUGUUGGUGGAAAUAAUACAUCAUGUAUGUCAGCUUUAUGCAGUAGUGGUGCUGGAAAUGAUGAUAUUGAUUCACGUCGUAUAAUUAAAUCAAGUAUUAUCCCGACUGGUAUUGAUGAACCCAAUAAACGUGAAAUAAAAUCUCUUCAUUUCCAAUCAAAUAAUCCAUUGAUUGCAUCUUCGGGAAUUUUUGAUUCUUAUUAUGGAAUUGAUUCUGUGUGUGAUGGAAAUACAAUUCCAAGCGGUUGGUCAAAUACAACUAAUGUCAUUAAUCCAGGUUGCGUAGUGGCAGGUUCUGUUCAUACAUCAAAUUUUCCUUCACAUAUUUCCAAUGAUAAUAAUAGUAGUGCCUGUCAGUUGACGUCUGAAUUGACUUCUGUUCCCGCCUAUCCCAAUUCUAAUCCCUCUAUCCAUCCUGAAUCUACUCAUCCGACACAUGUAAAUAUGGGAAUGAAUUAUUCUGGGGUCGGUGGAGUUGGUGGUAAUAUGUAUGCACCGACUACGUUACAACCUUGUCCAUUGGUUGGAUUAUCUGAUUCUUCCAUUCAGCACCCAUGCAAUAUACCUCAACCUGUUCAUCCUCUAGAUCCUAAUCCUUCAUAUUCUUCCAUUGGGGAAUAUACAAUUCAUCGUCAAUCUUCUGAUAUAACCCCACCAUCUGGUCUAUUACCUUCAGUUGUCUAUGAACAACACUCACUUGCAAAUCUCAAUACACAUAAUACAACUUCAAAUAAUAAUAAUAGUAAUAAUAGUACUACUACUACUAAUAAUAACAACAAUUAUCAAAGUGAUAUGAUGAGUUGUAGCCGUGAGGCACUGAUAGCAUUAACAGGAUCUGGCGCAGAUGAAGUGAAUUUCACAACUCGUUCAUCUAAUAUAAAUUUAACACAUUCCUCUACACCAACCUUAUCUGCUAGUAAUUCUACAUCUCAUGGCGGUGGUCGUGGAACAAGAGGUGGUCGUGUUGCUGGACACAAGCGUCGAUCAUCAUCUGUUAAUCCUUCCAAUUCUCUUAAUUUAGAAUCAAAUGGAAAUUCCAUCGAAGCUAACACUAGCGAUAUGACUUUGGGGCUGUCGAAUGCUUGCCCAUUAUCCUCUAAUACUGGUAUGAGCUCAGAAUGUUCAUCUCUUUUCGGUGAUUUUGACAACAGUAGAAAUUUCGGACAUGGUCGUACGCCAAGUGUAUGUGGUACUGACUCUGAAGAAACUAUUGACCCAGAUGAAACACCUGAGCAAAGAGCUGAAAGAGAACGUAGUCGUAGGCAGGCGAAUAAUGCACGAGAGCGAUUACGAGUUCGUGAAAUCAAUGAUGCUUUUAAAGAAUUGGGUCAAAUGAUUAAUUUGCACACGGGAAAUGGUCAACCUCUGACAAAACUCAUGAUUCUUCAGCAAGCUGUAACAGUUAUCACAGGUUUGGAACAACAAGUUAGAGAACGUAAUUUAAAUCCUAAACAAGCUUGUUUAAAACGUCGUGAAGAGGAAAAAAGUGGUGAAGCACCACAUUUCAGUGGUAGCACUGGAGGUGGCUGUGGUAGCAGUAGUAGUAGUAGUAGUAAUAAUAAUACACAUAUCAAUUCAAUUGGAAGCGCCAUAAAUCGUUUGUGUAAUACUAAUUCAGUGAAUUAUUCUACUCCUGUUGUAACAUCCUCAUCACAAAAUCCAUCAAGUCAUAUAUUGGAUUAUGAUCCACGUCUAUCUCAUAUUACACAUGGAACUGCUGUCUAUGGCGAAAAUUUGCCAAUAGUUAAUAGUCGUAAUGAUUAUGCAUCAUCGAGUACUGGAUCUGCUGGAGAUGUUUGUACUCCUGGUUAUUUACAUUCUGAAGUUCAACAAUGCCCAUCGGAACCGUAUACCCAUAUUACAUCACAACAACAACAACCACAUCAUUUGUCGAUAGUUAAUAAUAGUUUCACAAAAAAUGCUACUAAUAAUAAAUCUUCAGAUAAUUGGCAUUCUGGUUCCAUAAUACAAUCAGUUCAAUCCACACAUUCAUUAAAUAAUAAUUCACAAAGAUUUGGAACUAUUGGUAUGACAAGUCAUAAUUCAGGCGAAGAAUACGAUGAUGAUGAAGAUGAGGAUGAUGAAGACGAUGUUGAAAGUAGUGAAGAUGAAACUAAACCUUCAAUAGUACGUUCUAUUUUAAAACCUGAUAUAGACAAUGAUAACAGGCAUUCUUCUGUUCAUCAUUCAUCUACUUCUAUCCACCCUGAUAAUAACAAUAAUAGUAGCAGUGGAAGUUGAAUCUUUUCUCUUUUUAUCUCUUUUUUUUUCAGAUGUUUUAAAUUUUCACAAAAUCAUCUCUAUUAUUAUUGUUAUGAAUUACUACUUAUUUGACUAGUCCAGUUAUAUUUGUGCAUUUAUAUUGUUUAAAUUGCAUUUUCAUGCUUAUUGUGAGGUUCUUUUUCUAAAUAUUAUGCAUUUAUGCUAGUUUAUUUUAAGGUUUAUUAUUUCCACUGUUAUAAUUACCAUUAUUAUAUAAAUCAAGUAAUCAUAUACAUUAUAAAACAUUACAAAAAGUUUAAGAUCCAAGUAUGCUUAUUUUUGUGCUUAGUAUUGAUUAAUUUUAUAAAACAUAUACACAAUAUUGUUAUAAAGUGACAUAUUAAUCUGUAAUAAUGACAAUUAUGGUUAUUUCUACCCUUAUCCAUCUAUCUAUCUAUCCAUCGUCAAGUUACUUGUUCUUUCAGUAUCCAAUAUUCCUUCGUGAAAACGUUUAUAUUUUUUGUCUUAUGCAUUUAUUGUGUAAUUCUCCUCCUCCUCCUCCUCCUCCUCCUCCGGUUGAUUUCAUCUUUGUUUGAUUCAGGUUACUUCUGGGAUUUGUACACAAUCAGUUACCUGUUUCAAAAUCUAUAAGUGUAUCUAUGUUUGUUGGUCUUUUAUUACUAUUAUAAUUGUGUUUAUUCAUCAAGUUUAUGUAUUGUAUUGUUUCUAAAUUUAAUUGUUCUAGAGUAUGUUCUUGAAAUUAAAAAAAAAAGAAUAAUGUUUUGAGAAA